CCCAGGGUCACCGUUCGUAAACGCCAUCAUUCACAAGGGCUUCGACGAGAGGCAUGCGUACAUUGGGGGAAUGUUCGGGGCUGGGAUCUACUUUGCGGAAAACUCUUCCAAAAGCAACCAGUACGUUUAUGGAAUAGGAGGAGGAACGGGGUGCCCUCUUCACAAGGACAGGUCAUGCUACAUGUGUCAGAGGCAUCUUCUGUUCUGUCGGGUGACUUUGGGGAAGUCUUUCCUGCAGUUCAGCGCGAUGAAGAUGGCCCACUCGCCACCAGGACACCACUCAGUCACUGGCCAGCCCAGUGUCAACGGUCUCGCUCUGGCUGAGUACGUCAUCUACAGAGGAGAGCAGGCUUAUCCUGAAUAUUUGAUCACGUACCAGAUCAUCAAACCGGACGGUUCUUCAGAUUAACACACAGGAGCAGAAACACGAUGCUCUUUCCAUCUCGGACGAGAGAAACUGCUUAUUUAUUGCAUGCUUUAUUUAUACAGUGUAUAAUUCUUUUCUCUUCCGACAGCUGUCUGCUUUUGUCUAAUUUAAAGCAACUUAUUAAUCAAAUUUCAGACUCAACAAGUCUCACGUGUUCAGUCAUUCACACUGGUUACAAAACUUCCAUUUCCUUUUCUUUAAAGUUUAACUUAUUUAUUCUACAAAGACAAUUGUAUAUAUAUUUUGUACUAAUUGAUUUAUUGAUGUUUGUAUCAUAAGAGUUUUAUGCCUGAGUUGUAAAUGUUUGCCACUAUGCUGCAGUUUUCAGUGUGAAUACAGGGUCUUUUAAAGGUUAUUUGGUGGCAGUUGAAAAGCAUCCAGUAUUCAGGAUAAAGAAUAUUUGGCAGAACAGGACGAGACUUAAUCCAAGUAUCAAAUUAUCUUACAAUGUUCUCGUCUGUUGUUGCCCUCCAAAAAAGUAUGACUUUAACUCUGCCAUUAUGUGUUACUCUGCGGAACGAGAAGACAAACUUAGUUUUAUUCUCACUCUGCAAUGUAUUGGUGCUUGACUGAAUCAUUUCUGGGUUUUGAUAUGAAUUGCUGUUUUUGUCCGAAUAGUCCAGGAGUACUUGUACCCUGUUGUGCAUGAACAUGAACAACUCUUGUAAUGUCAUGUCUAAGAUGUGUUUACUUUGUCCGUCACACAAGGUUAGCCUGCUCCAGCAUCUCAAUGUGAGCAUUUGUGAAACUAACAAAUGUCCAACAGGGGGCACUAUUGUACUAAAAGUCAUUUUAGCUUUAAAGCGUUGCAUCUGGCGAACAGUCCACAAUCCAUAAUAAUGCUUCCUUCAGUGAAAAAGCCCAUCCGCGGUUGUCCUCUCACAUCAAAAUCCAAAGACAUUUGUUUAGAACUGAUUUCACUUAUAAACAGUGCUUAAUUGGUGCGUAUAUCUCUGCUGAUUCUGACAAGGUGACAACUGGAGAAAGCAAUUGUAUUUUAGCCGGAAGCAACCGUUUGAAAUUGACCCUUUGCAAAGAC